AUGGACGUGGUAGGCGAGCACGAGGCUCUGCAGCAGUUCUUUGAAGCCCAGGGAGCCAACAGCACUCUGGAAAACCCUGCCCUGGAUACCAGUCUGCUGGAGGAGUUCUUGGGCAACGAUUUUGAUCUGGGGGCUCUGCAACGCCAGCUCCCUGACACUCCACCCUAUUCUGCAUCAGACCCCUACUCUCCUCCACCGGUCAAAGGUGCCUGCCACCAGACCUUGAGACCUGCAGCCGGGAUGGCCCCAGCGACUUGUCUCCACUCUACAGCUGCUGCUGAAAUGCUGCCCACACGUCCUCCGCAGAGCAUGGCUACCUUGAACUGCUCCAGCCAAACCCACAGCGGCUUUCCCACCUGCUACCUCGACACCAGCCAUCCCGCCACCCCUUUGGACCCGUGCACGUCCUCCCACCUCGGGCUAAGUUGCUCUCACCAUCAGCAAUCUCUGUGCCACGUCUCUGGUGCCUCCUUACCCCCAACCAAGAAGAGGAAACACACGCAGGCCCUGGAGGACCCUGAAGACUGUCAAGUGUGGCCUCACUACUCCAGAUCAAUGACAAGUAGGAGUCUCAAUGGUGACAUACAGAACCACGACAGUGAGGGACAGAAUGGGAUACCUGCGGACCAAUGCUCCCCUGCUCUGAAGUGGCAGCCCUACCAAAGUGUUCCUUGGCACAGCUUGUUGAACAGCCACUAUGAAAAGCUACCUGAUGUGGGCUAUCAAGUUAUCACAGACAAAGGGUUUAAUUUUUCACCAGCAGAUGAAGCUUUUGUUUGCCAAAAGAAGAACCAUUUUCAGAUAACCGUCCAUGUCCAAGUUUGGGGGAAUCCAAAAUUUGUGAAAACCCAAAUGGGCCUAAAGCCAAUAGAAAUGUUUUACUUGAAAGCCUUUGGAAUUAAGGCAGAAGCCACCAGUCAAAUAAUUGCCAUUGAACAGUCCCAAGCAGACAGAAGCAAAAAGAUUUUUAAUCCUGUUAAAAUUGAUCUCCUGGCUGACCAGGUCACCAAAGUAACGCUGGGACGAUUACACUUCAGUGAAACGACAGCAAAUAACAUGAGGAAGAAGGGGAAACCAAAUCCUGACCAGAGAUACUUCAUGUUGGUGGUUGGACUAUAUGCUGCUAACCAAGACCAGUUCUAUCUGUUGUCUGCGCAUGUCUCUGAAAGGAUCAUAGUAAGGGCCUCUAACCCUGGGCAAUUUGAAAAUGACAGUGAUGCAUUAUGGCAGCGAGGACAAGUUCCAGAGUCUGUCAUCUGUCACGGUCGAGUAGGCAUAAACACAGAUGCACCGGAUGAGGCGCUGGUUGUCUGUGGCAACAUGAAAGUAAUGGGGACCAUCAUGCAUCCCUCUGACAGCCGUGCAAAGCAGAAUAUCCAGGAGGUUGACACAAAUGAACAGCUGAAAAGAAUAGCCCAGAUGAGGAUUGUUGAAUAUGAAUACAAGCCUGAAUUUGCAUCUGCAAUGGGAAUAAACGCUGCACAUCAAACAGGCAUGAUUGCCCAGGAGGUGCAGGAGAUCUUGCCCAGUGCCGUCAGAGACGUUGGCGAUGUGACCUGUGAAAACGGCGAGACGUUGGAGAACUUCCUCAUGGUAGACAAGGACCAGAUCUUUAUGGAAAAUGUGGGUGCGGUGAAGCAACUCUGCAAACUAACCAACAACCUAGAAGAAAGAAUAGAAGAGCUGGAGAUAUGGAACAAAAAACUGGCCAGGCUAAAGCGACUCAACAGCUGGAAGUCUUCUGUCAGUGAAACCAGUUCCAGCAGCAAAUUUAGCAGAACUGUUAGUGCAUCUUCUACAAGAAAGACCUUUUCCAAAAAAGCCAAUAAGGUUUAUUUUUCAGGAAAAAACCAGUCGUGUCCUAACUGGGUUUUCCAGACCUUGAUUAUAAGUCUGACAGCAGUAAUGGCCUUUUGUGCCUUGACAAUAGUCUGCCUUUACAUACUUAGCUUAAAAGACCAAGACCGACAGGGCACAAAUCUCCCUACCAGCAACAUCACAAGUUCUCGGGAGCCGGCUUUGCUGUCCACAACCUCCCCUGAAGCACCUCACACUGCCCUGGCAACAACACAGACCUACUUGCCAGUACCUGAGAUCACUUUCUGUGAGAUCCUGCCCUGCCAGGAGACCAACUGCUGCCCCAUCUGGAGCGUGAGAAGAGUCUCUCCGAGUCCUUUACAAAGCCAGACCACAGAGACUGAGAACCAUCGCAGCCAGCGGGCAGAAGACACAAGCAAAUCAUUCUUGCAAAGAGAUGUACUCACCAGAGCUCGCUGGGGAAGUGACUGGAUUGAUACAACCAUCAGUUCUAUUCAGAUUAUGGAAAUCCAGCAAAUAAUAGAUCACCGGUAUUGCAGUGGAAGCCUCCAGUGUAGGCCUGGAAAUUAUAAUUACAAUAUUCCUGUUAAUAAGAAGACACCAACUAAUGUCAAAUUCUCCCUGGAAAUCAACACAACGGAGCCACUGAUAGUCUUCCAAUGCAAAUUCGCCCUUGGAAAUAUAUGUUUUCGUAGUAAAAUGGAAACCACAGCGAUCCAAAGCUACGAAGUUUCCCAGGAGAUGACACAGGGGUAUCAGCAUAUUUGGAGCCUCCCUGUGGCUCCAUUCUCUGACAGCACUUACCAUUUUCGCGUAGCGGCACCAGACUUAGCUGACUGUUCCACAGACCCUUAUUUUGCUGGAAUAUUCUUCACAGAUUACUUCUUUUACUUCUAUCGACAUUGUGCUUAAUUUAUUCAAAUCUGAGGACUUUGCCCAACUAAAAGACUCAUAACACAGUUCACGGAAACUCAUAUCCAGUCACAACUUUUUUUUCUUGUUUUUUGGAAAAACAGUCAAAUUCAUUACUGGAAGAACUUUAACAAGCUUUGGCUUCCUUCUGUUUGGAGACGCUCAUGAAGAGAAUAAAGUAUUUGCUG